AUGAUCAGUGGCAGAUACGCACUUUACGGAAAAAUUAUUCAGACAACACAGUAUCUGAUAUUCCCUACUCUCUACUCCAUAAUACUUUAUUCACUUGCAGGAUACUCUCAGUCUUUAAGUCAAUAUCUCAAGUUCAACUUUUUGAAUAUCGUGGUUGCCAUGCUUUCUGGCUCUGUAGGCUAUGCUGCCGGUUGCAUAUGUGGUACGACAGCAGUUGCGACAACUUAUGUCCCAAUGAUCGUCAGCCCCUUGUUUGUGUUCGGUAUGUUAUACAAAUAAAU